CAGCGUGCUGGAGCCCCACCUCCUCCUCCCCGGCUUCCUCGGCUGCCUCGGCGACCUCACCCUGAACGGCGAUCGCCUGAACCCCCGCCGCCACGCCACCCAGUCCCACCUCGACAUCCUCCCCGGCUGCCGCGCCUCCUGCGCCUCCUCCCCCUGCCAGAACGGCGCCGUCUGCGUGGAGAGGUGGGGGUCGCACGAGUGCAAGUGCCUCAAUCCGGUCGCGCACUUCGGGAAAAACUGCGAAAACAACCUAAACGCGGACGCCGUGACGUUCGGGACGCCCGAGGCGCACCACCGCUCCCUGUGGACGGAGGCGGACGACGCGAAGGCGAAGGCGGCGUGGCGGAGGAUCUUCACGGGCGACAUCCAGUUCGCCUUCAGGACGCAUCAGAGGACGGCGCUGCUGCUGUACGCGGACGACGACUUGGGGAACUUCGUGCAGAUUCACCUCGAGGAGGGGUCGGGGCUCCUUUUCACCUUCAACUCCAAUCGCACCAUCGUCGCCGUCAGGGCAGGCUCUAC